CACCUCCCGGUAGGUGAGGGAAUGGGGUACCUCCAGUGUUGCGUUCAGCUCAGCGGCAUGAAGACGAGGGGCGCCGGUGAGCUGCACAAGUAUUGCGAGCCUCUGUGUUUGCGCGCCGGCAGAUUUACCGCGUCCUGAAUUUGGGAUUAAAACCAUCCGCCGGCUGAACUGAGGGGGCUACGACUUUCUUGACCGUUUGGCACUCCAGCUCACAAAGUGAGCCGCGGUGAGCCGCGCCGGGGCUGGGAUACCUGCAGUCUAACCCCCGGGCUCCAUGUGAAAGGCUGAGCUUCGGGGAGGUGCGCUGGGGGUUCGGCCAAGCAUGGGUGCCCGGGUCUGAUAGUCACCCCGCCGGCUGCCCUGGGUGGAAUGGAUGGAGCGCCGGGCGUUAAGAGUGAGCUGGCGACUCGCAUCCUCACCGGACUCCUGCUCUCUGUGCUCAUCCUCUUUACCCUGCUGGGCAACGCGCUGGUGUGUGUGGCCGUGGUCCACUUCCGCCACCUGCGGUCCAAGGUCACUAACGUGUUCAUCGUGUCGCUGGCUCUCUCCGACUUGCUGGUGGCCGUGCUGGUGAUGCCUUGGAAGGCAGUGGCCGAGGUGGCGGCUUACUGGCCCUUCGGGCGCCGCUUCUGCAGCGUGUGGGUGGCCUCGGACAUCAUGUGCUCCACCGCGUCCAUCCUCAACCUGUGUGUGAUCAGCGUGGACAGGUACUGGGCGAUCUCCAGCCCCUUCCGCUAUCAGCGCAAGAUGACCCACCGUGCGGCGCUGGUGAUGAUCGCCGUCGCCUGGGCGUUCUCGCUGCUCAUCUCCUUCAUCCCGGUGCAACUGAGUUGGCACAGCAUCCGAGAGCCGGCCGGUGCAGGGCACAGCAACAACUCCUCGGCUGCCUUUGCCCACCCGCCCGAGAGCUGCGACUCCAGCUUGAACAGGACCUACGCCAUCUCCUCCUCGCUGGUCAGCUUCUACAUCCCCGUGGCUAUCAUGCUGGUGACCUACACGCGGAUCUACAGGAUCGCUCAGAUCCAGAUCCGGCGCAUCGCCUCGCUGGAGAGAGCAGCCGAGCACGCACAGAGUUGCCGCCGGAGGAGGUUGGAGCCGCGGCAGCAACAGCAGCAGAUGCACCACCACAGCGCGCUGGAGCGCUCCUUCAAGAAAGAGACCAAGGUGCUCAAGACCCUGUCCAUCAUCAUGGGCGUUUUCGUCUGCUGCUGGCUCCCCUUCUUCGUGCUGAACUGCAUGGUCCCUUUCUGUGACCGCAACUCCCCUGCCGCCGCGGCCAGACUGCCGUGUGUCAGCGACACCACCUUUGACAUCUUCGUCUGGUUCGGUUGGGCCAACUCGACCCUCAACCCGGUGGUCUACGCCUUCAACGCCGAGUUCCGCAAGGCUUUCUCCAGCCUGCUGGGCUGCCAAGACUUUUGCUCCGGCAACCAAGUGGAGACGGUGAACAUCAGCAACGAGUUAGUGUCUUACAACCAAGACACGGUCUUCCACCGGGAGAUAGUCACCGCCUAUGUCACCAUGAUCCCCAAUGUGAUGGGCUGCAUGGAAGACGACCAGAUCUUUGACAGGAUGUCCCAGAUCCUGGCCACCAACGAGCAGGCCACAGAGACUGCUUCCGAGAUGGAAGGCGACGCAGACUUGUCUUUAGGUAAAAUCACGCCUUGUACCCCGAAUGGGUUGCAUUAGGAGUGAACACUAGGCAACGGCUUCACUGCAACCAUCCCGAAAUGUUCCGCUAGACGAGGCGUUGGUCAGAAUCCAUACACCGCCAGAACACAGUGCUCCACUGCGUAUUUCAAUUGUGAGCUCUUUAAUGAGCAGGCUAAUGUCAGAGCUGUGGGGAAAUUAAACACCCCCACCCAAGUCACACCAGCUUCUCGUUCUCACCCAGCAAACAGUUAACAAUGGCCUGUUUCCUUAUCACCGUUACUUUUUUUUUUGCAUAUCUUUAAUUCAUUUGUGUUUAAGAAGGAACUGCAGAUGCUGGAAAAUCGAAGGCACACAAAAAAGCUGGAGAAACUCAGCGGGUGCAGCAGCAUCUAUGGAGCGAAGGAAAUAGGCAA